GAGAGAGAGAAAGAAAGGGGGGAAGUAAAAGUGAAAGAGAAGGAAAGAGAGAUCCAUCGGUCGCCUGUUACCUGUUAAGUUCACUGUACCGGACCACCUCCUCCUGUGUACCGGACCACCUCCAGCGGCCCCGGUGUCCCAGUUUGGAGGCGGGCUGUCCCGGGACAGACGCACACGUCGGUUGACAGCAGCGACACAGACGCACACAAGCCCCGCGGGAGGAGCAGGAGCAGGACGGGAGUGUGUGUGUGUGUGCGCGCGCGCGUCGACAUGCCUGUGCGACAGAAAGAUGCUCAGCGAGCGCUGGAGCUGCUGCAGCAGUACCGGACCAAAUUGGAGCAGAGGCAGCAGAGCCCGAGCCCGAGCCCGAGCCCGAGCCGGACCAAACAGGGCCCCGUCGUGGACGAGGACCGCCAGCUGCAGCAGUCCCUGGGCCGGGUCAUCAGCGUCUUCCAGAGUCAGCUCUUCAGCGCCCUGCUCGAUAUCCAGGAGUACUACGAGUUGACCCUCCUUGCAGACAGCAAGUGUCCUGUGGCUGAGACAGACGGCCCGGGGGACCUCUCUGCCUCCUGUGACCUGCCAGCACAUCUCCCAGCUCAGCCACAGGCCUCCUCUGGUCCCCCGUCGAGCCCCCCGGCGUCUGGCGGACCAACUCGGCCGAUACCCUUAUUGCCCAGACGCAGGUCGAUCAAGUCCCCCGCCCCGCCAAUCCCGUCCGGAACGCCCGGACAUUCCCCGGAUGCACAGCACGGUACGCCUCAGCCGCAGCCGGCCAAAGUCAAGUACCGUGCUCCUCUUCCUCCUGUGCCGCCUGGAGCCUCCAAAUCCACAGCAGCCGACACUCCUAAACCCUCGUCUCCCUCUGCUGCCACGGCGAGCGGAUCAGAGGCCCCCACGGGCUCCAUAAAAACACCUCCUGCGGUAUCUCUUAAUGGAACCAAGCAAAAUCUUACUGCCACCAACUCCGCAGUUUCUUCAGGAAACUCCACCGCCCCUGCCAGUCCACAAGGCCUUCCCGCCUCUCCCGACCUCAAGCUGGUGACGGUCUCGGCCCUCGUCUCCGGCACCGUCCAGGCCCUUGUGUCUCCCACCACUCCGGACAAACUCGCCCCCGCCGGCAACCCCCCGGGCACCAGCCCAGGUCCUGACAGGGUCAGGGAUGACGCGCUCAUCAUCUCUGCAGCUCUUGCGACCGGCAACGGCCCGGGAUCAGGCCGCUUGGGCCCCGGCACGGGUCCAAUCAGCCCCAACCGGGGGAAGUUUACCUUCAGCAACCUCAGUCCCACGGCUCCUCCAGGACCUUUGACCAAAGGACCUCUUUUGAGUCCAACCAGUCCUGGGCCGGUGAGAGUCACCUCCCGUAGCCCCAGCCACGGUCCAGCCAGCCCCAGGCCGAGCCCGCUGACGAGCCCGCUGACGAGCCCGCUGUCCCCCAACACGAAGUAUCGCUAUCAAGAAGAAGAAGGGGCGUCACCAGGCGCCCCGAAACUCCACCAACACCCCUGCCAUCAGCACGCAAUGGGAGUAGCCAGAGAGCUGAGGGAUGGAGGGACCCUGGGAAGGGAGGGGAGGGAGGGGGGGAGGGAGGGUGCGACCUGGAGGAGAGACGGAGGGGGCGCCGGGACCAUGGAGAGGGAGGGGAGGGAGGGGGCGACCUGGAGGAGAGACGGAGGGGGCGCCGGGACCAUGGAGAGGGAGGGGAGGGAGGGGGCGACCUGGAGGAGAGACGGAGGUGGCGCCGGGACCAUGGAGAGGGAGGGGAGGGAGGGGGCGACCUGGAGGAGAGACGGCAGUGGCGCCGGGACCAUGGAGAGGGAGGGGAGGGAGGGGGCGACCUGGAGGAGAGACGGAAGUGGCGCCGGGACCAUGGAGAGGGAAAGGGAACGCUCGCUGGGGAGGGACGGAUCCCUCGGUCGCCGCGGUGACCUGCGGGGGGCGGAGCUGGUGCAGGUGGCGGAGCGGCAGCUGUCGCAGAUCCAACACGUCCACGGAUUCGUCACGCACGCGCACAUCACUCCCGCUCAGGUAGAAUCUCCUGAGGUUCCCUCUGAUGACGAGGCGUGGCCUCACCCAGAGAGACAGAGGCCCAACGCCGCCGCCGCCCCGCCUUUCUCCUCCCUCUAUUCACGCGCCUACUACCAGGCCAACCCCCCUCCGGUGGUGGUGAACACAGACAGCGUCGACACCCCCCCAUAUGUCAAUGGAACAGAGGCAGACUAUGAGUAUGAGGAGAUCACGCUGGAGCGGGGUAACUCAGGCCUCGGGUUCAGCAUCGCGGGGGGGACUGACAACCCCCACAUCGGAGAAGACCCCUCCAUCUUCAUCACCAAGAUCAUACCUGGGGGGGCGGCAGCUCAGAACGGACGGCUCAAGGUGAACGACUGCAUCGUGCGGGUAAACGAGACGGACGUCCGCCAGGUGACCCACAGCGGGGCCGUGGAGGCGCUGAAGGACGCCGGCGGCCUCGUCAAGCUGUGCAUCCGGCGCAGGAGGAGCCUCACCGAGAGGAUCAUGGACCUCAAGCUGGUCAAAGGGCCGAAAGGUUUAGGAUUCAGCAUAGCAGGUGGCGUCGGAAACCAACACGUGCCGGGCGACAACAGCAUCUACGUGACGAAAGUCAUCGAGGGCGGGGCCGCGCACAAAGACGGACGGCUGCAGAUCGGGGACAAACUCGUAGCUGUGAACAGCGCCUGUUUGGAGGAGGUGUCUCACGAGGAGGCGGUGGCCGCCCUGAAGUCGACUCCCGACGUCGUGUACCUUCGUGUGGCCAAGCACACCUCGCUCUUUAUCAAUGACAACUUCCCUCCGCCCGAUGUCACUAAUUCCUACUCCCCACAUCAGGACAACCACAUCAGCCCCUACAUGAGUGGCAGUCAGUCUGUGAGCCCCGCUCCGCUAACCACGCCCAGAUACUCACCGCUGCCCCGGGCCGUGGUCGGAGACGACGACGUCUGCAGGGAACCCAGGCGGGUGGUGCUGCAGCGCGGGUCCACGGGUCUCGGCUUCAACAUCGUCGGCGGGGAGGAUGGAGAGGGGAUCUUCAUCUCCUUCAUUCUGGCCGGUGGGCCGGCCGACCUGUGCGGCGAGCUGCGAAAGGGAGACCGCAUCCUGUCGGUGAACGGCGUGGACCUGUCCAGUGCAACACAUGAGCAGGCAGCUGCGGCUCUGAAGAACGCAGGACAGGCCGUUACCAUAGUAGCGCAGUACAGACCAGAGGAGUACACUUGUUUCGAGGCCAAGAUCCAUGACCUGAGGGAACAGAUGAUGACCAGCAGCGUCAGCUCCAGCUCCACGUCGCUCCGCUCCACACAGAAACGCACACUUUACGUCAGGGCGUUGUUCGACUACGACGGCAGUGCGUCCGAUCUGAGUGCGCCCAGCCAGGCCCUGCCCUUCCAUUUCGGGGACAUCCUCCACGUGAGCAGCGCCGGCGAGGAGGAGUGGUGGCCCGCCCGCCACCUCAGCCCCCCGCCCCCCAACUGCCCCGAAGUCGGGGUCAUCCCCAGCCGCAGGAGGGCGGAGAAGAAGGAGAGGUCGAGGUUAAAGACGGUCAGAGUGACAAGGUCUCAGGACAGAUCGGACCAGGAUGAUAAAGAGCUGGUGACCUCUGCCACCAGCGAUAGUGAAAGUAGUUCCUCUGGUCAGGAAGAGACUCUGCUCACCUACCAACCUGUCAUGCAGCAGGAAGUUACUUACACGCGGCCGGUCAUUAUUCUCGGGCCAAUGAAGGAUCGGAUCAACGAUGACCUCAUCUCCGAGUUCCCUGAUAAGUUCGGCUCGUGCGUCCCACACACAACGCGGCCGCGGCGAGACUACGAGGUGGACGGCAGAGAUUACCACUUCAUGGCCUCCAGGGAGCUCAUGGAGCAGGAGAUCCAGGAGCAUAAGUUCAUCGAGGCCGGACAGUACAACAGCCACCUGUACGGGACCAGCAUACAGUCUGUCCGAGAAGUCGCCGACAAGGGUAAACAUUGUAUACUGGACGUAUCAGGGAAUGCAAUAAAGCGUCUCCAGAUGGCCGGCCUCCAUCCCAUCGCUGUUUUCAUCAGCCCGCGCAACGUCGACAACAUCCUAGAAAUGAACAAGCGGUUCACGGAGGAGCAGGCGAGGAAGACGUACGAGCGAGCUGUCAAACUGGAGCAGGAGUUCACGGAGUUCUUCACCGCUGUGGUCCAGGGCUCGUCUCUAGAGGACGUGUACUCGCAGGUGAAGCAGCUCGUCGAGGAGCAGUCCGGUCCGUACAUCUGGGUGCCGACCAAGGAGCGACUUUGAAUAAAAAACACAAAUGCAUAUUCACACGAUCACACACACACACACACACACACACACACACACAUCACUAGUUCAAUACUUCCGACUUCUCUAAUUUUUCUAUUAUCAGCCUGCUCCUCCCCCCCCCCCUCUUUCUCUCUCUCUCUGGUUCACACAUCACUAACACACACUCACUCACACACACAGACACACACGCACACACACGCACACACAAGCACAUGAGAGCGGACGAGGCUGGGACUAUCUGGGACUGCUGCUUCCCGAAGAGGGAGGAGCUCAAGAGUCUGUCCAGCAGCCCAUCGGCGGAACUCCCUUUCCGGCUCGGUUCCUUAAUGUUUAAGGAGUUGGUUGCAGAUCAAGGCGACGUGUACCAUUAUCUGAUUUGAUUUUCGUUACUGUUCUUCUUAUUAUUGUCGUCGUCGCCGUCGCCGUCGUCGUCGUUGUUUUCAUAUUAACGAAGGGUAAUGCAUCAAUGUGUGGGUUUGUAUUGAUAAUAUUGCCACCAAGAGGCAGACGUUUGCACGCUGUAGCUUUAAGAGCAUGUUUUUCAGGGGGAGAAAAAUCUCCAUCUCCCUUUCCGCUCUGUCCGUCUUCCCUCAAGGCAUCACUCCCGUUCAGAGUUCCUCUCUUUUUUCUGUCUCUCUCUCACAUCCCAGCCCUCGCUCCAUCCUCUCCUCUUCAGACUUGAGAUGCGAGGCGGACAUCUUGGUAUCGGGGGGGGGGGGCCAAACUGAACUGUAGCGCAAUUAAGAGAUGUAGCAACAGAACACACACAUGGAUUAAAUUGGGAUUUCGUGUUAAUAUUCCGUCAACAAGUAGAACGUGCCGAUCAGAAGUUGAAUAGGAAACUAAAUCAGAUGAAACCUGAAGUGUAGACGUGAGCGCAUGUUUAUCAACUCUCUGAGAAUUACACUUCGUAAAAGCCUAUUUAAGAGUUCAAAUGAAUUCCCAUUAAGUGAAGAUUAGGGCACAAUUAUCAGUUUAUCAGGACAGACUGAUGAAUCGGUGCCGGCGUUGCCCCUUGAGGCAAACCGCUCGUGUACAGAAAUGAAAUCGCUGCGGCAACGGACUCAAAAUCACCCUCUCGGCACACAACAAGAACCACAAGAGGCAAACGUUUCCCCCUUUGACAAGUUGGUGUGACGUCGGAAGGAUUUCGAACCUGCUGCAUGAAGUUGCUUUGAGAGUCAUCACGUGACUAGUUGGACACAUUUGACAAUGUGUCACACGGCAUUUUUGCCCCGUUGUUCAGUUUAAUUAUCAAUAACUGUGAUAUUUUAUUCUGUAAAAUCCUUUUUUUUUCUCCAUUUUAUCCUUCCAGUCCUUGUAUAAUUUAAUGACAUGAAAAGCAAUUUACAUGUGAGAUUAACAAUCCAUUAUAUUUACUGUAUAAAUAAAUGGAUGACAUAAAAGGGAAAUUGUUGGUUUUGAUGGAAACAAAAAAGGAAUAUUCUGCUGCUGGUAGAUGCUCCACAUCGCUACCAAUAAAAAAUAAAUAGAUAAUAGAUGUGGAAAUGAUUGAUGUACAUUUUAGUUUUGUUUUUCGCACUCGAAGAGAAGCAGAAGAAAAAAUACCAUUGAAUGUUCAAAUCAAAUUCAAAUGACAUGUUGAAAACACUUUAGUCUGUUACGAUUUUGCUCAUGAUGACAAAUACAAUGUUGUACAAUCCCUCUAAAAACAAUUGCACUCAAUAGGUUUCAGUUCAAUUUAAGUUAUUUCCUGUUUAAUUUUCCAUUGAAGUCCAACGUUUGACGUUUAGCUGUUUGAUAAAUACGGGCCCAGAUCCUUUGUUCGAGAAACUUGGGUCAGUAUCACCCAAGUCCCACAAGCUGCCUUUCUCUCCAUCCUCCUCUUCCGCUCUUUCUCUCCCUCCCCUCCUCUGCCCUCCGCACUCACGUGACAGUAGUUGAGCAUUUAACGGUGUAUCAUCAUCAUCAUCAUCAUCAUCAUCUUCGUCAACACACUAUCAUCGCGAUCAUAAUCAUCGGCGCUGUCGCUUUUUCCUCCUCACUUGUUGUUGCACUAGAUGAGGGCUGUUUUUUUCUGUAGAAGAAAAAAAAAGCAUCUUUGGGCGACAGAUCUGACACCGUCCCGGUGUUUUUCUGGUAUUUAUAGAUGCGUGACGUGAUGCGUUCACUUGUCGUUCGGCUCCUGUAACUCACCGAUUCACAAAUCCGGUCUGAAAGCUCUAAAGAGAGCUUUUUUUGGGGGGGGAGGGGUUAAAAGGGAGGUAGAGACUUCUAUCAAUCCUGUUGCUGCAGCUGCCCCGCUUCCUCUUUUCUGUUCUGUGUUGGUUCAACUGCUUCCAGCGAAACAUGCCCCAAAAACCUUUCGCACACAGCUAGCUACUGUAGAUAUUCCCCCUCAGAAGUCGGUGGGGACCAAACACGGAGCUAAAAGAGAGUGAAGUCGCAUACGCAUGACGAGAACGUUAGGGGGGAAAAAAACCAAGAUGCUUUUGGUUACGAAGCCCCCGUAUGGACCUUCGUCAGCACAACCACCUCCCAUCGCCACCCUCCGACCCCCUGACCCCCCCCCCCCUUAGCUCUUAGACCCAAAUACGAAAAAUAGUUUUGACCACACGUGUGUUUUUGAAAGCAUUGAUAUCUCCUCACAGAAUGUUCAGCCGAACCCUCGUUCCUCUCCGUGUGUUGACAGAACCGGACUCUGUGUGACCCUGGCUGUCUGUGUGUUUUCAGCCAGGCGGACCACGCCACCGCUGUCUGUUAGAGUAAAGCACUGAUGCAAAGAAUCUAUUACAGAGAUGGAUCUAUAUCUUAACAUAUUAUAAAUAUUUAUCCCUGCUCUAACUGCCUAUUUUGGUACAAAAAAAAAUAAAUGAAUUGAAGUCUCUA